AUAGGGUCCCCCGGAGCCGGCCUGCGGGAGGCGCGGCCAGGGAGGAGGCUUGGGCCUGCGGGCCGGCAGCAACAGGGGAGCGGCGGGCGGCCGGCGGGAGGGAGCCGAAGCCCCGGGCCAGGCGCGGGCGGCGGCGUGAGCAGGGCGGGCGAGCCGGGCGCUCUACCCCCAUGGCCCGGAGCGGGCCGCGGCGUCGGCGGCGCUGACAGGCCCGGGGCGGCGCGGACGGGGGCUGGGCCGAGGGGAAGAUGAGCGCUCUCCUACAGCAGAAGGAGCAGCAAGAGAGGCUGCGGGAGGCUGCGGCCUUGGGGGACAUUCGGGAGGUGCAGAAACUGGUGGAGAGCGGGGUGGAUGUGAACUCCCAAAAUGAGGUCAACGGCUGGACCUGUUUACACUGGGCAUGUAAACGCAAUCACGGCCAGGUGGUCUCUUACCUGUUAAAAUCUGGAGCGGACAAGGAGAUUCUCACCACGAAAGGAGAAAUGCCGGCCCAGCUGACGUCCAGGAGAGACAUCAGAAAGAUCAUGGGAGUGGAAGAUGAUGAUGAUGGUGACAACCUCCCCCAGACGAAGAAGGAGUCAGAGCUGCCCUUCGUUCCCAACUACUUGGCCAACCCAGCCUUCCCUUUCAUCUACACCCCUGCGGCAGAAGAUUCGGCCCCGCUGCAGAAUGGGGGCCCCUCCCUGCCUCCUGCCUCACCCCCUGCAGAUGGCUCUCCUCCGUUGCUCCCCCCUGAGGAGCCGCCCCUGCUAGGGGCUUUUCCCCGGGACCACCCCUCUUUGGCGCUGGUUCAGAAUGGGGAUGUGUCUGCCCCCUCUGCCAUAUUCAGAACACCAGAAAGCACAAAACCAGGUCCUGUCUGUCAGCCACCAGUGAGUCAGAGUCGGUCUCUGUUCUCUUCUGUCCCGUCCAAGCCACCUGUGUCUAUGGAGCCUCAAAAUGGGACAUACACAGGACCAGCGCCAGCGUUCCAGCCAUUUUUCUUCACCGGAGCAUUUCCAUUUAAUAUGCAAGAGCUGGUCCUCAAGGUACGGAUUCAAAACCCAUCUCUUCGGGAAAACGAUUUCAUUGAAAUUGAGCUGGACCGACAGGAGCUCACCUACCAAGAAUUGCUCAGAGUGAGUUGCUGUGAGCUGGGCGUUAACCCAGAUCAGGUGGAGAAGAUCAGAAAGUUGCCCAAUACUCUGGUAAGAAAGGACAAAGACGUUGCUCGACUCCAAGAUUUCCAAGAGCUGGAACUGGUUCUCACGAUAAGUGAAAAUACUUUUCUCUUCAGAAGUGCUGCGUCCACACUGCCUGAAAGGCCUUGCUACAACAGGAGAGCUUCCAAACUGACUUACUGAUGCAGCAGGGACUCUCACCACCGAGUGUUGUGACAGUGCGCGUCCCCUCUGGGCCAAGGACAAGCCAUCAAUCUACACGCCUUGGGCGCCCUGUAGGCCCCCAGUGCCACCGAGUAAUACACACUAACAUUGUUCUGCCAAGGUAGGAAGCCCCUGACCCUCAAGCAGUGGUGCCAUUCUCCCACGCCUCUUGGUGCACAAUAAACCUAUUGCUCGAAGCUGUGACAGCAAAGUGGUCUGGAGAGGCAGAAGCUGACGGUUCUGUACCUAGUGUUUUACACGUAGCAUGUGAAGGGAGUUGUCUGAGCCGGAGCUGAGAGAGGGCGAGCCUGUUUCUAGUCACCCUGUUGGCAGUGCACCUGAAGGGCCGGGGUGCGCUUUUUUCAUGUUGCAUGCUCACAACUCUCCCGAACUGGGAACUGGUUCCGGAGGAAAACUGCGAAACACAGGUACUGGACAAGUGGGUUUCAGUGUGACUUGUGGCUGUGAGGUUUCAUAUAACAUAUUUAUAAAUGUUACUCAGGUUCAAAGUAUUUAAGAAUACAGUUACCUAAUUGUAAAUAGGCUGUUAACCAAAAGAGCUUCCCCUCCCUCACUUUUUCCUUUGUAAACACUCAUGACUGCUUCUCCGUUGUCUCCAGCCAGCCAUCGCCUAGACGGUCAUCUCUGCAUAACACCCCUUUGUGGCCACUAGAGGGCUCUCCGAUGCCUUCCAAAAGAGCACCACUUUUUUUCUUUUUUUUUUUUUUUUUUCACUGAAGUGAUUCCUGCCAUCCCCGGGUUUACUUGUAUGAGAAGAGCACAAACAUUGCCUGUCCGUGUUCUGCACUUUCGUUUUCCACUAGAAAUGAAAAGCGGUUUUUGAGACUGAACCUGUUGCUGUUUUAGAGGUUAUUGUGGGAAACUGAGCUAAAGGAGUUAACAUACUUAUUUUUGUAUCAAAGAUAAAGGUUAUUUUGAAAUUAUUAGGAUUUUUACAACUCUGAAAUCUGUUGCUUUUGUAAACAAAUUGUUUGAUCUUAGGACUCCCCCACGAUCCCCACCAAUCUACUACUAUCCCCGACAAAGUCAAUUGUGAGUCUGCCGGGCUUGUCCUGGAAAAAACAAAUACACACCUGAUUAAACUCUUGAACAUGGUGUAA